CAAUCGUUCUGAUAAUGCUGAGAGUAACAAUUCUACUGGUCGCGCUGCACGGCGCUCAUCAAGCAACGCUACAGUUGAAUAAGUGCUCCGGUGGUGACAUCUGUGUACCUAUUGUACAAUGCCCAAUAUUUGGGACUGAUCCACCUAUCACGUGGACACCGACGGCACAGGGCGAGUUUGAAAAGCGAGUGUGUGAGCAAGAAACCAAUAGUGAUAAUAAGACGAUAUACAAGGUAUGUUGCGAACCACCGGCUUCCGGCGAACCGAGCGGCGGUCGCAAGCGUGGCUUAGGAUUGCUUGACCUCAAAGGCUGUGGGAUGAACCGGAUGCACAGCAACGGAACCUUGGAAGAUAAUGGCAUUCUUGGGCAGCUGCCUUGGACGGCAUUGCUGAACACGAGCACCGGGGAGUUUGCCUGUGCUGCUAGUCUGAUCAGUGAACGCUACGUGCUGACCGGUGCCCACUGCAUAAAGAAUAGAGACGUGGCAUUUGUGCAGCUUCGAAAAAAGGAUUGUGAUGAGCAGGGCGUGUGUACACUGGCACCUCAAGUCAUCCCCGUCGAGCGUGCCAUCGUACACGAUGGCUUCAGUGCUCGGAAGAAAGUGAACGACAUUGCUCUGGUCCGUUUGACACAACACGUUUCGUUCAAUAACGAUGUGCUCCCGAUCUGUCUGCCAGUGGCUCCCGAAUACCAGCCAGCAGGAUCGAAUUACUUCACUGCUCGAGAUGGGCAGGAUUACGCUUCACUGAACACCGACACGAUCCCGAUCACGGAAGUUCAUCAACUGACGACUGAAAACUGUGAGAAUCGGUUACGAGAGCUGAUUAAAAGGCCACACCAGAUCCAGGAAUCUCAUAUCUGUGGGUACGAAGCGGACCGGUUCGAUCAGUGUGCUACCAGCGCCGGUGGACCGCUGGUAGCGCUCGACCGCUUCGGACGCAACGUGCAGCACGGGGUGUGUUAAAUAUUAAAAUAAAUAUUAACGGUCAAUUCGAUGGUACAGUGGUGCUUUCCGUCAAUCCCGAUAGAGGACACUAUCGAAGUGGAGUCGUGCUGAUAACGAUCGGGUCGAGCAAUCCCGAUAACACGAAAAUUCCCGAACGUGGCAAAGGUUACGAUCUUUAGCCAUUCUUUCACCGAUCCCCGAACCAAGCGACUGAUUUUUUAGCUACAAUAAACUAACUACGUUGCUUAAAAAACGCUUGUGUAUUUCAUAUUUAUUGUACAUUCGGGUGAACGAAAGAAUUCUGUUGAUAACGUUUCAACAUUCUAAAAAAUCAUUCGCUUUCGAUUAAUUAAUUUUCUCCACAUUGUGAUCCCUUGCUUCACCCGUUGCCGGCUAAUAAUGAUUCCUGAGACAAAUCGGAAUCACCGUGCUGAAGUGAAUACAAGACAAAUUACUGUGCGAGGAAAUAGGUUAUAAAGAUUACGCGCGUGUUUAAGAAAAGGACUACGGAUUAAGUUAAGUUAAUUGUGUUGUUUCCUUGCGCAUCUCACCCGUUGCCAGCGAUAUAAAGUUCCUGAGGAAAUUCGGAACAUAGUUGUGCUGAAGUGAAUUUGCAACAGGAUAAGUGAACCAUACAGAGGACUAAUUCGUAGUGCUUCAAUAGUUUAUGUGAAAUUAUUACGUUUCGCCAAAUGGAUAUGAAAUAUGUUGUUUCAAUAUGUGUUGUGUUGUUAAAGUUGCUUUGGAUAAUCAUUGCAAAUGAUUUAGGGAGAAGUGAAUCGCCAUUUCUAUCGGGGGAACAAAAAGGUCAUGCAGUGCACAUCAACCAGGCAGGGGAUGGCAACCUAUUAGUGCGCAAGAAAAUAUUCAGGCGUAAAAGAGCUAGAAGAAAAAUAGCAAAGGAUAGUUCAGGCAUUUACCCCAAAAUGCCAAAAGUAUGUGCGGUCGUGAACAAAACACCCAACUGCCACCAUCGAAUUGUACCAAUAAGAGUGUUUGCCUGGCUCGCAAACACUGGGGCCAGUGUUAAAUAUUAAAAUAAAUAUUAACGGUCAAUUCGAUGGUACAGUGGUGCUUUCCGUCAAUCCCGAUAGAGGACACUAUCGAAGUGGAGUCGUGCUGAUAACGAUCGGGUCGAGCAAUCCCGAUAACACGAAAAUUCCCGAAC